AAUCUUGUUGAAAUCAGUUAACGUUAUACUCGUAUGAAAGUGAUACAUUUUCGUAUUUUUGCAUUUUUUGUUAAAAAAAAAAAGCCAAAUUAUAAGUUCUUUGAGAUGGGCAACCAUUCCCGUCGACCAGAGGAGCGGUCAGUACAGGCGUACAGGAACUUUCUGCAGAUCUAUUCGAGGCAGCUCUGUGAAAUGUUGCCAAACGAUGCCCUUCUGAAUGCAGCCCGUGUUUGGGGAACAUUUUCGCAGGUUCAAAGGAUGCAAAAUGCCCAGCUGAGCUGUCCUGUUUCCGAUAUGGUAAUGGAUGAGCCAAGUCAUGUGGUUCCUAGAAAACCCCGUCUACCCACGACAACGGCCAAAAAGCGUCUAAAGAAAGCUAAACCUAUUAAAAAGGUGGCCAAAAAGAAGACUAAGGCGAAGCCAUCCCGUAAGUCGCAAAUCUGCGACCCGAUCUCUGUCUACCAGGCGGAACCAGUUAUCAAUAUUCCUGCCAAACGGAUGCCAAAGAUCACGGCCGUUCAGCCAACGAUUGGCUUUCGCAAAUUCCUGGACUUGUACCAGGAGAUCGACAGCCAGGCAUCGAUAUUCUCGAUCCGGAGAAAGGCUGUUAGGGACUGGUGCGAUUUGUCUCAGGCUCAACGUGGCAUUUUCGGCGAGCAGGAGCAGGAGGAAGAGCGCAGAUCCUCCUCGAGCUAGUAGCCUAUCAAUGCCCCACGCAUGGCCGCCAGUCACGAGAGAUUCCAAUUCGGAAUCAAGCUCAGCCAAGCGGUUACACAAUCGCCGCAACUUCCGCGCCCCCAAACACAUGUAUUCCAGCACGCAACCGGCAACACGAAAGUCCAGAGCAACAAAGUCAACAGAAGCAGAAAAAGAAUUCGAAUCAGAAACACAGGAGCCACAAUCAUUCACAUUUAAAUUAACAUUUCCCGCCGACGAUUAUCCUAAUUGGGAGCUGGCCUUAGCCGCUUCGCUCGUCCUGGCCGGCAGAUGUGGAGCAUUCGGUACCAGCUCGGCGCUUGGCAUUCGGCUUUUGCUCGGGACAUGGCACGCGAGUCAGCUGAAAAAUGGAUUUAAUGCGACGCAAAACAAGCGCGGCCUCAUAAAACUGAAACGCGGAUUAAUCAAAUUAGCAUUUUGUACAAAUAGCAAAGCAUUAUUUCGCGUAUGGCGGCAAUUUGUAAUGUCAGAAGGCCGAAAAGAGUCUUGAAGAGUCCUGAGAAGACGGCAUGCAAGCAGUUCGUUUUGGGGGUCAUGCCAAAAAGUGAUUGCAUCCUGGGUAAUUCCCAGGAGGCUCGGCUGCAAGACCAUUUCUCUCCACACAAAUCCCGAAAUGAGAAUUAAAACUAAUGAAGGCCAAGUCAUCCCGAUUCAAUUUGGCUCCUCAUGCCCUCUAGAAGGCACUCUAGGGCUCAAGCACCGGGUCAGCGUUAGGUUUAAGUGGGCCAUGUUCGUGUUUUACUAUGGCGACUUUAUUGCAACACAAUGGCAUUUUAAGUGCCAACAAUAAAAAUGAUUUAUUACCCAACAAAAGCAA